GCGCGCGCCGCCAUAGUUCCGCGGAUGAUCGGCAGCCGGUGGCGCGCCCUCCGUGUUUCUUUCUUGUAAUCCAUGACCGCGCUGGCCCGGCGCUCUUCGUGCCCCGCCCAGGAAUCCCCAGGCAGAACACGCAGGCGGCGACCGGUCGCCGUCCGGGUGGGUGGCCCGCCGGCCCUCCGCCUUGUAUGUUAGUUUUGCCUCCCUUCGCAGUCGGUAGAUGGGCGCACAGCUUCGCGUGGUGCGCAACCUAUUCCGCGCUCAGGUCGGCCUGGGGCGACGCCCGCCCCUCGUGGGGGGGGGCGGGCGCUGUUUUCCCGUGGUUGCUCCGUGUGGUUCCGCGCCGAAAAGGGGCGCGCGGCUGGUGGAAUGUGUGGAACCAGUGGUCGCGGCGACGCGUAGCAAUGUUCAGUGAGUUGUGUGGCAGUUCUCAU